UGUGAAUGCUUUCUCUAAACAACACACAGAUUCAUCUCUUGAUCUUUCUUGUUCAUUUAGUUUAAAGUUUUGAGGAGUAUGGAACUUAACCGUGAUUCGAGUUUCGCUCUUGCGGUUUCCACUGAGAUUCAUGGAAUCAAGAUCUUUAAACAGACGCCGGAUGCUAAGCUUGCUGAACUUGGAGUUGCCUCUUGGCCUUUAAGGGAGAGCAAUCCACGCAAAUUUCCAUGGCAAUUCAAGAAGACAGAAACAAUGUACUUCGCCAAGGGGAAGUUGAAAGUGAAUAUAGAAGAGCAUCACAAAGAAGGUGAAGCCUUAGAAUUAAAAGCAGGAGAUCUGGUUGUGUUUCCUAAAGACAUGAAAGUAUUUGUGGAUGUUACUGAAGAUGUGAAGAAACAUUAUUAUAGAGAGUCAGAGAUUGAUGAAUCUGAAUUACCGUAAUAAUCAUAUAUAUAUAUAUAUAUUAAGGG